AUGCGUUACGCUUUCGUUGCCGCUACUCUCUUCGCCGGUGCAUUGGCCGCGCAGCAGGCUCCGGCUCCACCAAGCUAUGGCCCAGCACCAGUGCCAGCUGAGCAUCCAACGAGUCCUGAGCAGCCGCAGCCGGAACAGCCCAAGGCACCAUCGCCAGCUCCACCAUCAUAUGCUCCACCGGCCGCCCCACCGGCCGCUCCUCCAGCUCAGCCAGAGAUGCCACCAAAGGCACCAGUGCAACCUCCGGUAGUGAUCGUGACGACCACCUGCAGCGAGGUGCCAGUCGCAACACCACCAGCGCCAGUGCAGCCUCCGGUGCAGCCCCAGCCGCAGCCUCCGGUUCAACCACAACCUCCUGCUGUACCCGAGCAUCCAGUACAGCCGCAGCCACAGCCACCUGCUCAACCAAAUGUUCCGGUUUCUCCCAACAUGCCACCACAACCGGAACAGCCUCCAGCUUACCAGCCACCUGCUCAGCCAAACGUCCCCGUGACACCGGUCUCGCCAAACAUGCCACAGCCUCCCGCUCCUCCAGCUUAUCAACCUCCUGUCCAGCCAAAUGUUCCGGUCUCGCCAAACGUGCCACAGCCUCCCGCUCCUCCAGCUUAUCAACCUCCCGCCCAGCCAAAUGUUCCUGUCUCGCCAAACCAGCCCCAGGCACCACCAUACCCAGUGCCAUCUGCCAGCGUCCCAGUUGCACCAUACCCAACGGGCACCGCACCACCAACCUUCCAACCAACUGGCACUGCGUACGUUCCAAAGCCAUCGGGCACCCCAAUCACCCCAUACGAAGGCUCGGCAUCGAACCUCAACGCGUUCGGUCUGCUCGCUGGUGCCGGUGCUGCUGUGGCCCUCUUCAUCUAA